AUUGAUUCGGCAAACCAAUUCUAAUCCUGAGAUCCAACUUAUAGCAUGCGCUCCAUCCACCGACCGCGUUCCUGGUCUCCACUUGCCCUACCCUCUGGCGGGUUUGCGCGCGCUACUCCGUUUCCGUUCCAUCCACAAGGUAAUGGCCAACGGCAACGCCCACAGCUAACGGGCAGGUGAUCCUCUGUGUGUGUCAUUGGGAACUUAGCGUUGGUGGCAAAAUAUGAUUGAUCCUGGUGUAUAGAUCUGCAUGCUGACCAGUGUACACCGUCUAUCUCUUGCGUGCAUAGUGCAUAGAACAUGCCUGGCUAAGCAAAUGGAAUAUGGACAUGAGAUGCCUAGAUGAUGUGUUCUUUUUCCUGAUGUUGUUGUCAUUGCUCUCUUACAAUGGAUUACAAGUUGUGUAAUCAGCCUAAAGAUGGAACUCAAAAGUGGGGCAAUGAUGGAAUUCAAAAGUAGUUGGCUAGCCCUAAGAAGGAUCACAGUUCUCUAACAGAUAUAGGUGCUUGCUAUUCAUUGAUGAUUUGUACCUUUGCUGAAUCCAUCUGUAUCUGACCCUCUUCAAUGAUAUGCCUCAAGAAUUUAAUACGCUUUUGAGCGAAAGCACACUUCUCUCCUUUUAUAUACAACUGAUUUUCUCGGAGUUUUUGAAAGACCUGCUGAAGGUGAUCUUUAUGUUCUGCUAAGGAUGCGCUGAAAACUACUAUGUCAUCAAGAUAGUUAAACUAUCUUGACAAGUGAGAACUUUUCUAAAUGGAAAGGACGUGCAAGGAAGAGCAACUGGAGUCAUCAUCAACAGGAGUUUUUGAGUUGUUGGGAGAACCUGCUGUUGUUAUUAAUGGGGUGCCCAGUGCAUCACCAGGCGAUUUCUCUAUCGUCCCCUGUGAGACCACAAAUGAUGCAAAAUCAUGCAGAGACACAGAUUUUGGUGAAUGGUUGGAAGGAAGAGAAGUUCGAAAAUUGUUUGGAAAGCAGUUCUAUACUGGAGUGGUAACUAAAUUUGACAAGGAAACAGGUUGGUACAGGGUGGUGUAUGAGGAUGGUGACUUUGAAGAUCUCGAGUGGCACGAGCUGGAAGAAGUGCUUCUGUCCUUGGACAUUAAUGUUCCAUUGAAAACGUUAGCAUUGAAGAUGAUUAAAAGAAGCCAGAAACCCGUUCAUGGAUCUGGGACAAAUGUGACCAGGUCUAGAAAACGCCGAGCUAAAAAGAAUGGAGGUGAGGGAAAGGCGGUGGAGAUGCUUGAAGAGGCUUCAUCAAUGGUUAAUAAUACAAUUGUGCAGCACUUCAGGACGCAUUGAUUUCAUGAUUUCUGGAAGCAACUGUUCAUUUUAGAAACGCAAUUGGUCUGGAAGCCUGAGACAAAAAACAAUGGCUUUCUUAUGGAAGUGUUGUUUUGUAAAGGAAGCACGAAGUGAAUUAAAAGCUGAAGCAUUGCUUUCUGUUGUUUGUAUUGCCUUGUGCUUUAUAUUUCCCUUUUAUAAACGUCAGCUUCACAAAUGUUUCUUUGGUAUGCAAUCUAUGUUUUAGCUGGUUUUAUU